AUGGCCGUCUGCUCCACCCGCCUUUCCGCGCGCCUUGGAACCGCGCGCGGAACGGCCACGCGGACGGUCGACAAGUGCGCCGUGGCUGGGGGUCUCCUCAGGGCCAUCUCUGCUGGUGCUCGAUCUCCCAAAGUGAAAGUGACCCAGAAUCGAGAAGCGAAUCUGCAGAUCAGUGCUUUCGCGCGAGGGAAGCAAUGGCAAUCCGCCCUGCUCCUCUUCCAGAAGAUGAAGACGGGCGAGGCCGAUGCCGGCCUCGGCAAAGCCUGCCUUGCCGCAGCCGGCGAGGCCUCACCGCCCCGAGUCAAAAGUGUUGCGCCAAGGGUGCUGGAUGUGGUGAGCUACAAUGCCACCAUCAGCAGUUGCCAGUCCGGUCCGUGGCAAGUUUCAGUCUACCUCCUGCAGGAGAUGAUGUACCAGCGAGUUUGGCCCAACAUCAUCAGCUACAACGCAACCUUGAGCUCCUGCGAGAAGGGGAAUCAAUGGCAACUGGCCUUUCACCUCUUUUCAUCCAUGGAGAUCUCUCCUGACUUGGUCACCUGCAACACCCUGAUCAGCGCAUGUGCUCGAGAAACUCGAUGGCCAGACGCGAUCAAUCUGUUGACUUCGAUGGAAGGCAGAAGAGUUCUCCCAGACCUCAUCAGCUUCAAAACUGCCAUCACCUCCUGUAGGAAGGAGGGGCGAUGGGAAGAAGCCUUGGAGCUUUUGAGCCUCAUGUGGCAGCAACGAGUGGCCAUUGACUUGAUCACGAUGAACAGUGCCAUGACCUGUACGGCCUCCGCACAGCAGUGGAAGGAGGUGAUGGUCCUGUUCGAUUCUAUGAGGAUCUGCAAGCUGAGCCCAGAUCGUUUGAGCUACAGCACUGCCAUGAGUGCCUGUGAAUCCUGGCAGAGGGUCUUGGAGUCCCUGCAGAAUAUGCUGAAACUUGGUGUUGUGGACGUCACUAGCUGGAGCAGCCUCCUACAGACCUGCAGGGAGCAGCGGGAGGUUGGAGUGUCAAUCAUCGAGGCGCUUGGCAUGUCCCAGCAAGACGUGGUGCUGACCAGUGCGACCAUGGACUUUUGGGCGAGGAUCCAUCAAUGGGCAAAGGCCUUGCAGCUGUUUACUGCAAUGCCGCACGCCAGGAUCAGGCCCAAUGUCUCGGAUUUCACCAUGGCCAUGCUUGCUUGCAGCCAAAGUCGCCUGUGGCAGCGGGCCUUGCAGCUCUUUCGGAGAAUGAAGGAUGAUUUGGAAGGGAACCUCAAUAUCAUUGCCUACAACACAGCCAUGGGGGCAUGUUCAAAUGGCCAAUGGUCUCAAUGCUUAGAGCUCCUCCGUGACCUGCAUGAGACCCGAGUGUCGGCGAACCUGGCGAGCUUCAUCUCGUGCAUCGCUGCGUGCCAAGAGGAGGGAGAGUGGGAAAUGGCAUGCAGUCUUUUGUUCCAAGACAUCAUCCUCUCCAGUUUGAAGCCUAACAUCCUGUGCUAUACCUUCGCAAUGAAUACAUGCUUGCAAGCUCGACACUGGCAAGGUGCUUUGAGCACCUUUGCAAACUUGUCGAACCAGACCCCUGAGAUGACUUCGGCCGAGCCAGACCUGCUGACGUUCAAGAUGGCCAUUCGCGCUUGUGGGCUGGGCAGCGAGUGGAGCCGAGCCAUCAUCUACUUCGAGCGGAUGAUGGACAUGCAGAUCCCUCCCGACACUGACUGCUACAUGCAGCUUCUGGACUCCUUGCAUUCCAGCAUCGAGCAACGGAGGUUCUUCUACAAGCAGGUGCCACUCUUCGGGGUCAAGGGCCCUUCAGAUUGGCGUUUCCAGAGGGAGCUCCAAGUGGACUUAGCUGAGCUUCAUGAGACCUUUGCCCAGCCACAGAGCCGUCCGGCUGCAAAACCAAAAGCGCGAGCCAAGUGCCAAGAGAUUUUGCCCAGAGGGAUUGCACAAAACGUGGCCAUUGCCCUAGCAAGGUUGGGUCAAGGCGCUACGCAAGACUUGGCCGGUGCAUUAAGGGCCUUGAGCGGAGAAGGGGCGUCCCUCGGAGUUCCGCCGGAUGAGGUGGCACGGCUUCUGGAGGUGUGGCCGGAGGAAAAGGUCCUAGCCCCGUUGGUGGCCUUUGCCUCCUCCGGCAGUGACCCUACGCCCCUCAGAGAUGUGGAGAAGCAGCUCUUGCCCCUCUUGGCGAUCCCCCGCGUUCGCCAGCGCUUGCGGCUCCUGGUACUGGCCGGCACGGCCGAGAAGCGUGUGGGAGAGGGAAUUGCACAGUUGCAGCUUCUCCGCAGGGCCUGCUACGAGAUCCAGAACUCCUCCUUGCUCCGGGAGCUUUUGGCCAUUAUCGUGCUGCUCUUCAACUAUGUGAACUUCGGAGCCGCCCCACCGUCAGCGAGACAGGCCACCUCCGGUGCCUUGAAGGGCGUGGAUGUGCCCAGUUUGCUUCGUUUGCGUGAGACCAAAGCGUUCAAAGGCGAUUUCCCGGGCUUUCACAUGUUGCACUUUGUGGUGAAGCAGCUCUUAAAGCAAAGAGACUCCUGGAAGAAAGAGACCUUGGACCAGGAGUUGCCUUCGCUGCGACGGGCCAGCAGAGUCCACUUGGAACGUGUGCAGUCCGAGCUCCAGGAGCUGCGAGGUGAAUAUGUCUUCGUUCAGACGGAGUUGCAGGACCAUCGGGAAGACUAUCACGCGGACGGGUCCGAGUCUGAUGACGAGGCAGAGGAGCCCCUGGAAGAGCCCGCCAACUGGGGCUUCUUAGAGAAGCUCUUAGCCAGGGGAUUGGACUUCGCCAACCUCGCCGAAGCUUGGCUCCGAGGGGACGAGGUCUUAGGUCGACCAUACCAUCCCUCCGUGGGCGGCUUCCGAGCCUUCGAGCCCCUGCAGGGCGAGGAGGGCUCCGCGCCUCCGAGCUGGUUGUGGCUCCAACGUCCCUCCGGGCGGUGGCAGCGCUGCUGGUCCGAGGUGCGUGGACCCAUUCUGGUCUUGUACAAAGUCGAGCUCCAUCAAUGUGUUGGCGCCACUUAUGUGGCCUUGCCAGGGGCACUGCUGGGCGACAGUGUCAACAAGGAUGAGGUCCUGGCCCAGCGAGAGGAGGAUGGCGAGGCUGGUGAGGAUGCCGCGCCGGCUUCGGCCAGCACCAGUUUCGAGUUGAUCACCACCGGAGAAAGCUCCGGGCGUCUCCUGCGGCUGAGGGCCUCCUCCAAGAAGCAAGCGGCGUCCUGGAAGUCGGUCCUGGAGGAAGUGGCCAGCCGUCCAGGCGCUGGCUACUUGACCGUGUCAGGUCCCACGCGGACCAGUGAGACGCUCUUUUGCGCGGCGGCGGACGAGGAGCUGGCAGCCUUCACCAGGCCGCGGGACGCGUUGGAGGCGGUGGAAGGCCUCAGCCGCUGGCGCUUGAGGGACUUCCACUGCCAUCGCAGCACCGCGCUGAGCUUUCAGCUGGUUGGAAAGCACUCCGAAGAACUGUGGCAUUUCACGUGUCAGGACAUCACCGAUGCGCAGCGGUGGUUCGACUACUUCACCGAGCCGGAGAACCCCGAGCCCGACGAGGUGCCACGCCUGUCUCCCAGCGACAGCUGCAUGUCGCUGGGCAUCGACUCCGGAAGCCUCAAGGAGGCCUUCGAUCCAGAACCGGGUCUUUUGCGCGAGGCGACCCGCCCGAUCGCCGAAGAGCCCAGCUCGGAUGAAGAGACCACCGCCACCUGCAGCCCGCGGGAGACGCGCGUGGAGACGUUGGCGCAGUUGGAGCUCCGCUUGGCGCGGCACGUGAAUCGCCUUGAGCAGGCCAUGCGGGCAGCGGAGGCGGAUUGCCGCGAGCUGCUGCGGUUCUUCGGUUUGGAGGAGAGCAGGCCGGGCGCUGCGUCCUUGAUGGAGUCCCUCAACGACUUUUGCGGCCAGGUUCGCAGUGCCUGGGAUGAUCUUGAGAAGGCUCAGGCGAAGAUACGCCAAACGCCCCGCAAGACGCCGCGCGCCGGACUCGGCGGGCGGCCGAGUGUUGGGCCCUGUCGCGAGUCGGCCCAGUCUGCGGUGGCGCGCGCACGCACCGAGCCAGUCUCGAGAGCCAUGAAGGAUGAUACCCUUCAGCAAUGGCAUCGCAUUUGGUCCUUACGCUCCGAGGGCUCGACCGGGUGA